GGGGUAUAAAAGUACAUGGCAAGUUACUUAGAAAAAACACAAACUUUCACCAAAACAUCAUUUUGAUUCACAGAACUCGACGUUUUUAAUACAAAGAUUGGACUUCCGGAAAUUGGUGGGCUUUCAUCCACUUCUCGUAUUUCAUCUGGUAUAAAAUCAAUUUCCAGUCAGAACUCACCAUAAUCACCAUCCAAGACGAAAAUAUGCUGAAGCUUCCUCUCUUCGUAGAACCUGAUCUAUCCAAACCAAACCCAUCCAAACGUAAGAGAGAUCAGCUCGAAACUAGCACGGCAAUGGCAUCGCUCGAAGAUCAAUUGAUUAUGCCCGAGAGUAGCGAGUCGACACCAGAAACACCAGAAAACGUAAAGCUAUCAGACCGCGAUAAGGCUAGACAAAAAAGACAGGAGAUACGAGUGAGAAAAAAGAAUGAGGCUCUGUUAGUUGUGUAUGGGAUCGUGAACACGGAAACGGAGCAAACGGAAGCGGAUGAAAAAUAUGGAAUGUAUCUUUGUGCCGACCCGAGUCCGUUGAGGAAAUGUUGGACUCUGGUUGAGGAGGACAGAAAAACAAGAACUGAGGGUAGUGGUGAGACCGGGGCUAGUAAUUGAAAUCCUUUGGAGGAUCUUAUGGGUGCGGUAGAUUCGGCGGUUAGGGCUGGAGAUGGAUUUCGAGGACACAGAUGAGAAGAUUGAUGAUGUGGUUGGGGUAUAGCAAGGCAUAGGCUGGCACAAAAGAUAAGAAUUACUCA